GGCGCACGCCAUGGGUGGAGGGAUGGGGAAAAGUCGCAGCAACUGGGGCAAAUGCAGGCAGUCUGGCAACGGUGCAAUGAGGCUUUGCUCAGGACUCAUAUCAAUCUCUUGGUCCUGGCACGUCGCGAUUAUCUAGCGCGCGUCUCGCUGCCGCUCAUUUGUUUCCGACGCGCUCUUGAGUCUUGAGCCCGAUGCGCGCACGUCGGUAGACGAAGUGAGUGACUUUUUUCGUGAAAGUAAGAGUUUUCUUUGAGAAAUGUGCCCCAAAAACGGGGGGAUUCAGUGAUGGCGCCUCAGCGACCCAGAAGAACCCUGGAGAGAAUGCAGGAUGCGAGGCCGCAAUUGUUUUUUCCGGGCGCUUGUGGACCCGGAAAAUGCAGCGGCGAAACGGCCUGCCGGACUUUCGACAAUAACACCUACACGUGCGUGUGUACGCACACCUCUUUGCCGCCCACCCUCAGCGGAGACUGUCCCAGAAGAAUCGUCACCCAGGACCAGAUCGUGCAGCAGAAGAUCCCGGUGCAGCCGCCCAAAGAGCCAGACGCCGGCCUCAACCAAACGACAAUCCUGACGGGCGACCAGCCAAUGGCGGCCAUCGGGGGCGGCAUCGGCGCCGUCAGCCUUCUGGUGCCAGUUGUGGUGGGCUUGCUGGGGGCGGCGCUCUUCGCCUGGAUGGUCUGCUGCGUGCGGAAGCGCGCUCAGAAGAGGCGGGCGGACGCGGUAAGCAUGCAACUUGACGGGACCUCUCAAUCGCCCUCCAUUCUUCGGCAGGCUUCGCCCGUCAACAUGAAGCACAGUCUUUUGGUGCCGGAGCGCUACGCCCCCAAUCCCCAAUACUCCAGCUGUUGCGGCUCCGAGGUCCCGAUCAUUCCCAGGGACUCCGUCCGCUUCUUGGACGAGCUGGGGGAGGGAUGCUUUGGCAAGGUUUAUAAAGGCGAGCUGCGCAGAUCAGCCGACCGGAAGCCGGACAUCGUGGCCGUUAAGGUUCUAAAAGAGUCGGCCAGCAAAGAGGCGGAGGAGGAUUUCUAUCGGGAGGUGGAGAUAAUGAGCACCUUCCAACAUCCCAACAUUCUCUCCUUCAUUGGAGUGGUGCUGCGGGGGAAGGAGGAGAACCUCAGCCCCAUGAUGGUCUUCGAGUACAUGGAGCACGGCGACCUGGCGGAGGUGCUGCGCGUUCAGCACCAACCGCCCUCGGGCGACGCCAAGCCGCGCCUUCGCCCAGUUGAUUUGCUGCGCGUCGCCCUCCAAAUCGCCAGCGGAAUGGAGUACUUGGCGGCGCAGAGGUUUGUGCAUCGUGACCUGGCCUGUCGCAACUGCCUGCUAGCCGAAGGCCCCACGGUGAAGAUCGCGGACUUUGGGAUGAGCCGAGACGUCUACACUUGCGACUACUACAAGAUUGGAGGCUCCAGACUGCUGCCCGUGCGCUGGAUGUCUCCAGAAAGCGUGAUCUACGGCCGAUUUACUUUGGAAUCCGACAUCUGGUCCUACGGCGUGGUUCUUUGGGAGAUCUACAGCUUUGGCAAGCAGCCCUACUAUGGACACACCAAUGAGGAGGUGGUGAAGCUGAUUUUAGAUGGCGUGAUGUUGGUUCCACCCGAGGACGCGCCUCCGCCAAUCAUCUCCCUGAUGAACGACUGUUGGAACAGCGCGCCGAAACUGCGCAUCUCCUUCACGCGGGUCAAAGAGGUCCUGGCGCAGGCCCAGUCCGCCGAAGCCCUGAAACUGCCCAGGCCGCCGCUGUGGGAAAAGCCCCAAGUGGAGGUGCGAGUGGAGGGCGAAGUCAAGCCCAAAACCCUCCCCAGGCCGCCGCCCCUGAUCCGCACCCUUUCCGACACGGAACUCCUGGAUGCGCAGGGCUAUUUGCUGCCGGUGCACCUCAAGGAGCCUGCGCAGUAUCUGCGUACGUUGCCAGACUGACUGUUUCGGCCCCAAACUUGUAUAUAGCCAUAUGUUCAAAGCCCUGAUGAGGGGGCGCGAGAACGACCACUGUACAGAGCGAGUCGGUAUGUCCAUCUAAGACGACGUAGAGGUUAGGAACCAGCACCGAAGACCAAAGACUUGCCACAUGGUAAACGUUGUUGUUUUGCACUUUUGGUACUUUGAGAUAAGCACGUUUUUACCCGA